CUUUUAGAAAACGCUUACUAACGCUCUUUACUUGUUUCUGUCAGAUUGCUCCCUCCAAUGUACCGCCACCGCCUCAGGGAUGGGCUAUGGCGCAGGACCCACGUAUGUCCCAUCCUGUGAAUUUUCAGCUCUCCAACUGCAUGGGCCGCAAACGCGCCCUCUUUGUUGGCAUAAACUAUUUCCGCCAACGAAACGAGCUUCGGGGUUGUAUCAACGAUGUCAAGAACAUCAAGGCCUUCGUCAUUCGCCAAUUCGGAUUCAAGGAGGAAGACUGCGUGACCCUUACAGACGAUCAGCGAGAUCCGACUCGAAUCCCGACAAAGGCCAACAUCAUAGCGGGAAUGCAAUGGCUCGUUCGCGACGCCCGGCCCAACGACUCGUUCUUCUUCCAUUUCAGCGGUCACGGUGGUCAGACCGAGGACAAGGACGGCGACGAAGACGACGGAUAUGAUGAGACGAUCUAUCCUGUGGAUCAUGAGAGAGCCGGAACGAUCAUCGAUGAUACGAUGCACGACAUCAUGAUCCGCCCGCUGCCUCCGGGAUGUCGCUUGACGGCUAUCAUGGAUUGUUGUCACUCAGGAUCUGCAUUGGAUCUGCCGUUUAUCUACAGCACGACAGGACAGCUCAAGGAGACCAAUGUACUGUCAGACGUUGGAAGUGGAGUACUGAACGCAGGACUGUCCUACCUUAGAGGCGAUCUCGGAGGUGUGAUGAGUAGCUUCGGAGGCAUCGGCAAGCGGAUCACGAACCCAAAGAAGAAAGAGGAGAACAUGAGAAAGAAGGCUAGCCCGGCUGACUGUAUUAUGUUCAGUGGAUGUAAGGAUACUCAGACAUCCGCCGAUACAAACGAGCAAGGGUUCGGAAUGACUGGGGCCAUGACUUUUUCGUUCAUUACAGCGCUGAGCGCCAAUCCUCGUCAGAGUUACAUCCAGCUUUUAAACAGUAUCCGCGAUAUCUUGCGCACAAAAUACUCACAAAAGCCUCAGCUGAGCUCCAGUCACCCCGUAGAUCUCAACCUCAUUUUCACAAUGUAACAGAAUCUGGAUCGUUACUUUUGCGGAGCAAUCUUGUACAACGGGAUUUGAUAUGCACGCGACCGUUGUUUUCAAUCACUCGAGCAAUAG